AUGAUCCAGGGACACCUGUUAAUGGCAGUGCUGAGCACAGUGGCGGGCUUCAACAUAUUCCCAACACCUGUGAAACAGUUUUCACGGGAUGACAGAUUGUUCGGACAGUCAACCAUUCAGUCAAAAGAUGGAGUUUUUGUCCCUUCUCCUUCGUCUGGGAAGGUUUUCAUGUGCACAUUGGACCAGGGUUGUAAAGAAUCUUUCACUGAAGAAGGUCAAAGAGGAAAACGUCUCAGACCAAUCAUUUCAGCAGCAAUCAAGACCAUGUCAAAGGGAGAAGAAAUCUUGGUUUGUCAGCAAGUUCAAACAAGGAAGGGAGGAAAUGAUAUGUUGAAUGGCAACUGUACACAUAUUUCUGGAACACAGGAACAACAUCAUAAAUUGAAUCCCUCAGAAAUGGAUAACAACAACAACAAUAACAACAACAACAACAACAACAACAACAACAACAACGACGACGACGACAAAGAGUCUGAAAAUCAAGAUUUGGAUAAGGAUAAUAAAGUGGUGCAGUAUGGAAUGAACAUCAGGACAGAGCUUUCACUAUCGGAGAGUGACAAUCAUGAUGAUGCCCUGAAUAAAGUCAAGAAUAUAAAACAAAUUUACAACUACACAAAGACUGCGUCAGCUAUCCAUCACGUUCUUACACAAGUUUUUGUCCCCGAGGGUGGAUCAAAGGAAAACUCAAGAAAAAUUAUGAUUGUAAUGUCUGAUGGAAGAAUGUUUCUUGAUCCCAUGAACCUCAAGGAUGUUCUUAACAUGGAAGAAAUGAAGAAUGUUAUCCGGUUUGCCAUAGGGGUUGGCAAAGAGGUCCUGGAUGAUUCUAAAGCUACAGCUGAGAUGCUAGAAAUAGCUGGGGAGAAAGAUCGCUAUUUUCCUGUUGAUAAUUAUGCUGCCCUGGAAAACAUUCUGUCUUUGAUUUGGAAGAAUAUCAUUGGAUUUGAAGUGGUGCAGUAUGGAAUGAACAUCAGGACAGAGCUUUCACUAUCGGAGAGUGACAAUCAUGAUGAUGCCCUGAAUAAAGUCAAGAAUAUAAAACAAAUUUACAACUACACAAAGACUGCGUCAGCCCUCCAUCACGUUCUGACAGACGUUUUUGUCCCUGAAGGUGGGUCAAAGGAAAACUCAAGAAAAAUGAUUAUUGUAAUGUCUGAUGGAAGAAUAUUCCUUGAUACCAUGAACCUAACGGAUGUUCUGAACAUGGAGAAAAUGAAGAACGUUAUUCGCCUCGCCAUAGGGGAUGAAGAUGAGGAAGAAGAAGAUCCUGGGACAGAGAUUGCUUUUGUAUUGGAUGGAUCUGGGAGCAUUGAUCGUAAUGACUUUGAAAAGGCAAAAGAUUUCAUUCAUAAUGUGAUGGCUAAAGUCUGGUCAGCAUGUUUUGAUUGCAACUUUGCAAUUGUGCAAUAUGGAAAGGAUAUAAGAACUGAACUAUCACUGAAGGAAAAUGAACAUGCUAGUGAAGCUCUGAACAAGGUCAAGAACAUAAAACAAAUCUACGAGUACACAAAGACAGCUUCAGCCAUCCACCAUGUGCUGACAGAAGUUUUUGUCCCUGAAGGCGGAUCAAAGGAAAACUCAAGAAAAAUGAUUAUUGUAAUGUCUGAUGGAAGAAUAUUUCUUGAUACCAUGAACCUAACGGAUGUUCUGAACAUGGAGAAAAUGAAGAAUAUAAUGCGUAUUGCCAUAGGGGUUGGCAGUGCAGUCCAGAAUGAUUCUAAAGCAACAAAGGAGAUGUUGGAAAUAGCUGGGGAUUCAAAACGCUACUUUCCAGUCUCUAGUUAUGCUGCCCUGCAAGAAAUUCUCUCUAAGGUGGAGAAUAGUAUCAUUGGAAUUGAAGGAACUCAGCAAGGUGCAGGAUUUCAUUUUCAACUUGCUGAGGCUGGAUUUAGCACUCACUUAACCUCUGAUGGAUCUCUCCUUUUUGGUGCUGUUGGAGCUUAUGAUUGGAGUGGUGGAAUCAUUUUGAAAAACACUUCAGAAAAUGCAACAUUUUUAAAUGUAUCCCAUAAAGCAAGAAACGUCUCGCUGGAGGCAGUAAAACUGUCUUAUUUAGGAUACACUAUAGAGUCUGCACAUGAGUCCAAUAAAAUUCUAUACAUAGCUGGUGCACCCAGAUAUGAUCUGACAGGUGGAGUCUUUGUUUUCAAUGGGAGAACACACGAAUUACAACAAAUACUUCAAGGAGACCAGGUGGGGUCUUAUUUUGGGUCAGUUCUCUGUGCCAUUGACAUUAAUAAGAAUAAACACACAGAUUACUUACUAGUUGGAGCACCACACUUUCAUCGAAGAGGAGAGGAAGGAAAAGUAGUUGUGUACAAACUGCAGCAGGGGGAGUUUCACAAAGCUUUUGAAUGGCAUGGAUUGGAAGAUUACAGCUUUGCACGAUUCGGGUCUGCCAUAGCAAAUAUAGGGGAUAUAGAUGGAAACGAUUACAAUGAUGUGGCCGUUGGAGCCCCUCUUGAGGAGAGUGAACAUAUCGGUUCAUCUGGAAGUAUUUAUAUUUAUAAUGGUCUAAAAGAUGGUAUCAGCAAAAAACAUUCACAAAGAAUUUCAGCAGCAGAUACUGGGACAAAGUUAAUGUAUUUUGGUCAGUCAGUGAGUGCUAUGACAGAUGACACAGCUCACCGGCAAGAAUACAUCAGUGUUGGGAGCCAGGGGACUGUUACUGUCUUUCGGACUUUUCCCAUCAUCACCUUCAGACCAAAGAUAACAAUUACCCCAAAACAUUUACCUCAGAGUGUUUAUGAUGCAAAGUCUCCAAAACAAGAAAUAAAACUCGACAUCUGUCUCGACACUACAUGGUUCCUGCAGUUUACAAGGGAAAACACUAAAGACAUGAUAUUUGUGUUUCAGGGCUGUUAUGACUGUUUCUCACCAAUUAAAAUCAAACUGAGUAUCACUCAGCCCGGCGCACUCAAUUCAGCCAAAUCCCCUAUACGUGUGCUCGAUGCAUUUAGCCAAACAGAGUUCAUGGAAGAGGUUACAUUUGAAAAAAAGUGUCAGGAGAAGAACUGCAUGCCAAUUAUUUCACUGUCUGACUCAAAACUAAGUCAGGAUAUGGUCACACUAGGAUCCACUGAAAGCCUGAGUCUAUCUUUCGAUAUCACAAACAAAGGAGAUAGUUCCUAUAUGACAGCUCUCAGUUUGACCUACCCUGAUAUACUGCUUUUUAACAAGAUUCAAAAACCAGAAGGUACUAUCUGUGAAGUUAAGAAAGAUAAAUUUCAGUUAUUUUGCAAUAUUUCUCAUCCAGUUUUCCAAAGAAGUGCUCAGGCCACUUUAUCUUUUUUUUGGCAGCCUGUCACUACAUCUUCAAACACAAGGAAUGCUUCAAUCCGUGCUAUUUUAACAGGGCAAAAUAACGGGACACAGGUUUGGGAUUCGAAGGAAUAUUACUUUUAUGUUAAAAAAGCCCUUAAAGUCCAGUUUAAGGGAAUUGCCAGUCCAAACCGACUUCAAAUUACAGAAGGGGAGGACAAACAACAGACAAUGAAGUUCACAUUUAAGUUGGAAGGUGAGAAUAAGCACAAUGCCACAUUAAAUGUGACUAUAACGAUUACUAAGGAGAUCAAGAAAGCAGAUUUGAACAUCCAAAAAGUCACUCCAAAGAAUUGUGUUCAGCAAGAUGAAGUACAGGGAAAAAAACACCUCCAUUGUGUAAUGACUGAUUUAAAAGAAAUCACCAUUGAAGCUGAAGUCCACAUACAAGAUACUGAGGGCACAAAAGACAAAAUCACAGCUGAAGCACAAGUCAGCUUUGAUGAGAGUACCUAUGACGCGAAAACAAUUACAGAGACAAUAGAGGUCAACGUUUUUAAACUGACAGUUGUGAAGUCAACUGCUGCUAUUGUUGGAGGUUCUAUUGGAGGCCUUUUGCUCCUGGUCGUCUUAAUCAUUAUCCUUAUUAAGUGUGGCUUUUUCCGCCGUCGCCAUAAAUUGGACCAAGCACAAAGAGCACAGUGA